AUGGAGUUUGAAGAAGAAAGCAGCCUCAGAAACCAAGGAGAGAAAGAGAUGCCGAUGCUCCGUCAAUUUCAGAUUUCUUCGUUUGAGCUUUUCCAAGUCCCGAAACAACAGUCCCCGCGAAGAAUAUGUUUUCUGAGUUGUUCUAAUUCAAGAAGAAGUCUCCCUCUACCCAGAAAUAGGUUUUACAGUAAUCUGGGCAGAGUUAUGGCUGAUAUGAGUGGCAAUGGAGGACCGAACUUAGAAAAACUUUAUCUGGGUAUGGAUUUUGGUACUUCGGGAGCUCGAUUUACAGUUAUCAAUGAUCAAGGAGACAUUAGAGCAGAAGGAAAAAGAGAAUAUCCUCGUUUCAUGAGAGAAGAAAGCAUGGAUUGGGCAAGCUCAUGGAAAGCAACUCUUUUUUCAUUGCUAGAGGACAUUCCCAUCACCGUUCGCUCCCUCGUCUCAUCCAUUUCGCUUGAUGGAACUUCUGCAACAACUCUCAUCUUAGACAGUGAGAGUGGAGAAGUUCUAUGUCAGCCUUUUCUCUACAACCAGAGCUGCCCUGAUGCUCUGCCAGAGGUUAAGUCUAUAGCGCCAGCAAACCACACAGUCUGCUCUGGUUCCUCUACCUUGUGCAAACUCGUCUCAUGGUGGAAUCUUAAUAUUCCGAACAGAGAAUCAGCGGUAUUGCUGCAUCAGGCAGAUUGGUUGUUGUGGUUGCUUCAUGGCAGACUUGGAGUGUCAGAUUACAAUAAUGCAUUGAAGGUGGGCUAUGAUCCUGAGAGUGAAUCAUAUCCAUCUUGGUUGCUUAGUCAACCUUAUUCUCAGUUACUACCUUCGGUGCAAGCUCCUGGAACGUCAAUAGGCAAUCUGAAAGAAAGCAUUAGAAAGCAAUUCGGAUUUCCAGAUGAUUGCAUAGUCUGCACCGGUACCACUGAUAGCAUAGCUGCGUUUCUGGCAGCCCGUGCGACUGAACCUGGGAAAGCAGUAACUUCACUGGGUUCGACCUUAGCCAUCAAACUUCUCAGCACCAGAAGGGUCGAUGAUGCAAGGUAUGGAGUCUACAGUCACCGCCUGGAUGACAAAUGGUUGGUUGGAGGAGCUUCCAACACUGGUGGAGCCAUUCUCAGACAGCUCUUUAGUGACAAACAGUUAGAGAGACUGAGCCAAGAAAUCAAUCCUAUGGUCGCAUCUCCUCUAGAUUACUAUCCUUUGCUAAGCAGCGGUGAAAGAUUUCCAGUAGCUGAUCCCAACUUGGCUCCCAGAUUACUUCCACGCCCAGAAAGCGACGUUGAAUACUUGCAUGGUAUCUUGGAAUCAAUCGCACGUAUUGAGGGGAAAGGCUACAAGUUGUUGAAAGAGAUGGGAGCAACGGAGGCCGAGAAAGUGAUGACAGCAGGAGGCGGGGCCAAGAACGACAAGUGGAUAAAGAUAAGGCAGCGAGUUCUGGGUUUACCUGUGCAAAAAGCCGUCCAUACGGAAGCUUCCUAUGGAGCUUCUCUUCUUGCGUUGAAGGGCGCAAAACAAAACAAAUGA